AAGGCUCUAAUUGAGUGUUAAUUUUUUAUUUUUUGAAAUUUCUCACUGAUAUCUGAAAAACCCUAGUUUUGAAAAUGGCUUCAGGGAAGAAAGAAUCUGAGGGCAUAGCUUUGCUCUCCAUCUAUGGCGACGAAGACGAGGAGAUGGAAUACAUUGAAGACCAUCAAAACGUCAUCGUCAACGACAAUAUUGAAGCAAAUAUUUCAGAAGGUGAGAAUAGAAUCGGUGAACCACCAUCACCACCACCACCACCACAACUACCAGAAAAGGAAAUCAUUAAUGACCAUUCUACCCCUCUGACUUCCAAUUUUGAGACUUCAACGCCAAAACAGUCUCCGAUUUCUCUCUCUUCGCCACAACCACUGCAGUUGGUGGGUUCGGACACGAGUAGGGGGCCAAAGGGUAUGCUUACAAUUGUGGAUUACGGGCAUGACGAAGCCGCAAUGUCCCCCGAAGCUGAGGAGGGGGAAAUAACUACCACAGGUCAUGUCGUGUUCGGUGAAGAGCUUCAAAUGGAAAACGGCAAUUUCCACGAAAAUCCACCACCAGGAACUGUCGAGGUCAUAACACCACUUGCUCAAGCGACUCCUCAAUUAUCUGAUCAACAUGGUCUGUCACAGUCUGAUGCCAUGACCUAUGCUUUGAAUGAAUCAGUAUCUGAAGAGGUUGAAGAAGCUAUCAAGAUUUCUGUAGAGGAGCCAAAAGAAGCUGAUCCAUUGGACAAGUUUCUUCUCCCGCCACCAAAAGACAAGUGCUCUGAUGAAUUGCAAAAGAGGAUUGUAAAGUUUCUUACAGUAAAGAACAAUCAUGGAAGGAGCUUUAAUGCAGAAGUGCGCAAGAAGAAGGAAUAUCGGAACCCUGACUUCCUGCUUCAUGCAGUGACAUAUCAAGACAUUGAUGAGAUUGGAUCGUGCUUCAGCAAAGAUGUAUUCGACCCUCGUGGAUAUGACAAAAGUGACUAUUAUAAAGAAAUAGAGGCUGAUAUGAGUCGUGAAAUGGAGAGAAAGGAGCAAGAAAGGAAGAAGAAUCCAAAGGUUGAAUUUCUUUUGGGGGGAACGCAACCUGGAACAGUUGUUCCUGUGCCUAAAGUUAGCGUGCCAACUCCAGGUGUAGCAAUUAUGGCUGGUGGUGCGCUGCAAUCAGUUCCUGCUGCAGUUGAUGUUGCAGCUCGGGAUGGUAGGCAGAAUAAGAAAUCAAAGUGGGAUAAGGUGGAUGGUGAUCGAAGGAAUCCUUUGGACUCUGGAGGGCAGGAUUCUGUAUCAGCUGUUGGGGUACAUACAGCUCUCCUAUCUGCUGCUAGUGCUGGUACUGGAUACACUGCAUUUGUAUUUGUGAAGGAGACUAUGAAUCUGAAUGGGUCCCUUUCCAGAACUGCCUUUUAUCUUAGCUAUCUGAAUGAUUUCCGGGAAGAAAAAAAGGCAACAGCGGCGGCGGGAGGCUGAGGAAAGAAGAUCAAGUGAAAAAAGGUUGGACAGAAGAUCCUGACACAUUGAGGGUAUGCUGGAUAGUGAAACUGUCACUCACACUAAUGUGAAGACAGUCGGAAUGCCCGGGGUGAAGUAUAGACUUCUACCUUAUGGUUAGAUUAUAUGUUCUGUAUAUGACUAGCUUGAAAUUUCAUUACUCGUAUAGCAAAUACUACCACCUAAUUUCUUCUAGCUUUAACCCUAAUGUAGUUCAGGGUUUAAUUAACUUCACUGUGUAGUGAUGCCUGUUUUAAACUGGCAAAU